CCACUGAAAAUCGUUUUUAUCAGAAUCGGAGCUGAUCAGACUCGAAAGGUAGAGCAUGCAGGCUGCCAAUUCCAUUUCAAAUGAGCGUUCUUCUUCUUGUAGUGAAGAGAAAGAAUGGGGAGAGAGAGUGGCAGAGAAGGUUAUUUCAGUGUACAGGUCUCUUCCAAAGAAGGGAAAGCCUCAGGGACGCGAAGUCACUGUCUUGGCCUCUUUCCUCCUCUCUUCUUCUUCCCAAGAAUUGGAGGUUGUUGCACUAGGAACGGGGACCAAGUGCGUUAGCUGGUCGCUACUGAGCCCGCAAGGUGAUAUCGUGAAUGAUUCGCACGCCGAAAUUAUCGCACGGAGAGCUUUGAUGAGGUUCUUCUAUGCAGAGAUUCAGCGCCUGAAUGAGCUUAUAGAUAAGCACGGAUGUUAUUUGGAGAAUGAACAGAGUGGGAAUGGAGACUUUCUUUUCCAGGUGGACCCAGAUCAUUCGGGCCAAGUCAAGUACAUGUUAGGAGCUGGUUGGCAGUUGCAUCUUUAUAUAUCUCAGUUGCCAUGUGGCAGCACUUCACUCUCUUUAAAAGAUAUUUCUCUUAGAGAAGGAGGUCAAAUGUCGUCAAUGGACAGUCUAGAAGCUUCAGAACAGAAUAAUGAUGUCUCACAGCUCGUGGACAUUGUUCAGAGGAAGCCCGGUCGUGGCGAGACAACAUUAUCAGUUAGCUGCUCUGACAAGAUAGCUCGUUGGAAUGUUCUUGGAGUCCAAGGGGCUUUGCUUUCUCACUUCCUUCAGCCUGUUUAUAUCUCUUCCAUUACUGUUGGACAAUCUCCACACUCUACAGAUAAUUUUCCCUUGGAGGAUCACUUGAGAAGAUCUCUGUACAAUAGAGUUGUGCCACUUUCAGAUGAGCUAAAAAAGUCUUUCCAUGUGAAUAAGCCAGUAUUUUGGGCGGCCCCAAUACCACAAAUGGAGUUUCAGCAUUCUGAGACUGCUCUAACUACCUUGACAUGCGGGUACUCCAUAUGCUGGAAUAAGUCUGGUUUGCAUGAAGUUAUUCUUGGAACCACUGGAAGAAAGCAAGGAACCUCUGCUAAAGGGGCACUUUCUCCAUCAACUCAGUCAUCUAUAUGCAAAAGGCGUUUGUUAGAGAUUUUCCUGUCAGUAAGGCAUGAGCACAAAAUUGAACACCUAACCAAUAAAAUUUCCUAUCGAGAGCUCAAGGAUAGGGCUCAAGAAUACUGCUUAACUUCAAAGAUUUUGAAAGGAAAGCCACCUUUUAACACUUGGCUAUUGAAACCCUUAAAUUAUGAGGCUUUCACCAUAACAUUGUAGCAAAGGAGCUAGUGCCUGCAAUAUCUCCAGGGUUUGUAUCACUAUCUUCUGUUAUCCUUCUUACAAAUACAAGAAAGGUAAACAUCGUUUGUAAUUUAUUAUUAAUGAUUCAUGAUCACUUUCUAUUCUUAUGUUUGUAGAAGCAUAAUAAGUUGGAGUUGAUAUAUUUAUUGCUUGAACAUGAUAUCGACCUACAAUCAUGAGUUGUUUAUUGAAGAAAACAUGCUUAACGAGAUAAUAAAUAUUAAGAUCCUCAUUACGAGGUUGCGGUAAUUGUUUUGUUA